AUGUCGAGCGUCGUGUCGUCGCCUCCCAUGAGGCGUACAGCUGUCGUCUGGAUUGUGGCGACGUUCUUCGCCGGAUUUGCGCCGGCAGCCACUCCGGAACAAAUGCGUCUGCAGGAGCUGAACAAUGAUGUGGCAAGGCUGAGGCAGAGACUAAAGGCCAGUCCUGAUGAGGUGCAAGCGUACAUCGAAUUGGGAAUGGCCCUGCAGGAAGUCAACCAACUCAGACCUGAUGGAGGACGCAAUAUACCAGAGGCUGAGAAGGCAUACAAGAAGGCUUUGGAGUUCACAUUGCCAGCCGUGGCCAAAACAAUCAUACUUGGCAAUUUGGGAGCUCUGCUCAUGUCCAGUGGCAGAAUCGAAGAGGCCAUUAAGUGCAUUGAUGAGGCUGUCAGAGUCUCGCUGCAAGCAAACCCAACCAGCGAACGCAAGGACCUUUCUUCAGUCGCAGGCCUCAUAUUCAAUAAGGGCAAGGCAUUGUCGAUGAUAGGUCAGCUGGAGGCAUCUGAGUCAACCUUCGCGCAGACCUUGGAUGCUGCUCGUGGAUUCGACACAGCGGUGUAUGCAAAGGCAGCUGCGGCGAUGCAAAGACUUCCACCUCAACAAUUGUGGGAACUACAGUGUGCUGCAGACUAUUUAAGAAGAGGCCUUGGUGAGAAUGCCACAGGCUCUGAAGGGCCCAACAGCACAUGGAUCCAGAGUGGAUUGCUCACUUGGUUCUGGGCUUUGAUGGGGUAUUCAACAGAGGGCAAGCGCAAAUGCAGUGCAAAAGAAGAAUGGCAAUGGUUGGAUGCCAUGGAGGAUGCUGACCGCUCCUGGUUGUAUUUCGCCCUCUACAAAGCAUUGCAGGACAGCCAGCUUGACAUCGCAUGGCAGUACCUGGAGGAGGGGAACCGACUGCAACGUGAGGGCAUUAACUAUGAUCCAAAAGUGGAGCAAAUGGGCUUUCAGGUGAUGACGCAAAUGUUCACAGCCUCAACUUUCCAUCCAACCUGGGGUUUUCAUGACAGCACGCCAAUCUUCGUUGUGGGGAUGCCUCGAUCUGGAAGCACCCUGAUUGAGCAGCUGCUGGCGUCGCACUCCAAAGUUCAUGCGCUUGGGGAAGACACCCCCCUGGCCCCCCUCGUUGGCGAGCUGAUGGCACAUAUGGGAAAGGAUGGCCAGCCUCAUGUCUUUCGCGACUACGGGGCGACAUACGUGGCGAAGGUGCACGAAAUGGCAGUAGCUGGCGGGAACGGCGGUGUAGCACGCACAGUGGACAAGAUGCUGCGGAACGUCUGGAAUUUGGGCUACAUUCACUUGAUGCUCCCGGAUUCCUGCAUCAUCCAUGCGGCAAGGCACCCCAUGGACGCCGGUCUGAGCUGCUACGCCCAGCCGUUUGAAGGACGAGGCACCCCGUGGGCAUGGAACCUGACAGAGAUUGGUCACCAGCAGAGACUGCUGGAAAAUCUGAUGCGCCACUGGUCCAAGGUCCUGCCCCACAAGAUCCUGAAGGUGCGUUAUGAGGCUCUGGUGCAGAAUGUAGAAGGUGAGGCCAGGAGGAUACUGGAACACUGCGGCCUGCAAUGGGAGGACCGUGUUUUGCGGUUUUACGAAGCGGACAGGGCGGUCCAAACAGCGAGCCUCGCACAGGUGCGGCAAGACAUAUACACUACAUCGAUGGGGAAAUGGAGGAAGUACGAGAAAUAUUUGCAACCUCUGAAGGUCGAGUUAGGCGAACAUGUGCAGGACUACGAGAAGGAACUACGGCGCUACCUCACAAAGAGGAAGCCUCAAGAUCCACAAGCCGAACUGUAA